ACUCAAACACAGAAUCAAAAAUUUGCGGCGUUCUUUUUCCUCCCAAUUUCGAACACUGCGUUAAUCCGUCUCUCUUCUUUUCUGACUGGAAGCUCGUCCUGUCGAUUCUCGUUCUCUCGCCGUCGUUCUAUUGCUCUCAUCCUCGUCGGUCUCCAGAAUGGGAACAGAAGAAACUAGAUUGAGCACUGAAAUAGAUGGGAAAGUUCUCCAGAUAUUUUCACAUUUCAUGGAAAGGGUUGCAAAAUUUGAGGAGCAAGCUGCUGCAGGGAAUAGAUAUCUUGUUAGCUUUCGUCAAGCGCUUGAGUUCAUCCGCAGACCCUCUAUUGACAAGACAUCAGAACUCUUUCAGAAGGUCAUUAGAGCUAACGAAACUGAGAGGAUUCAGUCUUACAUUAAGGCUGGAUGCACACACGCUACCAAUAAGGCAGAAAAUCUCAACAAGUUGAAUACGAGCCAUGUUCAACUGUUGAAUGAUAUGAGUAAAGCGAAAGUUAUCAUGAAUGAACUUGAAUGCCUUGUUGAGGAUGUAAAGUUGGCAAUAGAAACUGCAAGUGAAACCUUACAAGAAGGUAGUCCUGAUUUGGCAGCUACUUACAGUGAGGAGGGAAUGGUAUCAUCUGUGCCUGAGAAACCUCAAGUUCUUGAUUAUGCCACCAUGGUAGCCGUGGUAUAUAGCAUGGUGAAGCAGGAUUAUGUGAUGCAGGAAAAGAUCGUUUCUUCCCUUAAUCUAAAGACAUCGUCAGGAGAAAUAGAGAGUUACUGCUUGAUGUGGUCAUUGCGCCCCUUCGUGAACGAUGAGAUUAUGCAUCAAGCUUGGAGACUAAUUCCAUAAUGCCAAAAAUGGUUUCCAAUCUUUGCAUGGUUUCCCAGUAUCAAGUGGCAUUUGGUAGAAAUAUGAAACAGGCUCUACAAUAGAUUAUAGAAGUUGUGUUCUGUAGUGCAAUUUGAAGAAAAUAGAAAUUGAAAGCAGAAAUGGUGAUAAAUGAGACCAGAUACAAUCUACAACCACAAACUGUUGGAUUGGCAUGAAUUGGGUUCAAUAUUUCAUGGACAUUUCGAGUUAAAUGAAAAAAACUUGUUUCA